AUGCUACCACCCUCAACCCAGCCAAGGCCUCCAAGUCUGCCAUCUUGGAUCUACAAGCAACCUUCUCUCCACACCAGAGCUACCGUUGAUCUCUUCAAGCUUUCGAAGACAUGCAGAAUGUCUUGUUAUGACAAUUCCGCUUUCUCAAAUCCAACAUCACUACCCGUCCUCGCUAGUUACACCCAAGCUCUCCGACCUGGUGUCAAGGCCUCUCUAGUCAAGGAGUAA